AUGGGUUUUCGAGCUUCUACAACUGAUACCUCCUUAUUUGUGUACUGCUCCAAGACUGUUACACUUUACUUGCUCAUAUAUCUGGAUGAUGUUUUGCUUAUUGAGAACUCCCAGACUGCUAGCCACAGUUGCAUUCAGGAGCUCUCUCGACACUUCUCUCUCAAAGAUCUGGGUCCUAUCGCCUUCUUCCUUGGCUGUCUAGAUGAUAUCCAAUCUAUCGAGGGUUUUGCUAUUUUUCUAGGUCCUAACUUAGUUGCUUGGAGGUCUCGCAAGCAAGCUACAGUCGCACGAUCUAGCACCGAGUCUGAAUUCCGUGCUUGUGCCACAACAACUACUGUGGUUCUCUGGAUUACAUCUCUUCUUCGGGAUCUUGGAGUCACACUUUCUGAGACACCUACUAUUUGGUGUGACAACAUUGGUGCCACUUAUCUUGCUGCCAACCUUGUUUUUCGUGCUCGCACCCAACAUGUUGAGGUUGACUUUUAUUUUCUUUGA